CCGGAAGUAACCUUUCAUCAUGGCUGCAUUAUUUUUAUGCGGUCACUUUUGCAGGAAAACUGCAAAUGCCUCGCUAUUUAUGAGACCAAUUUUGACAAAUACACAUCAGAAUGCUAGAUUAGAAGUACAGUCAUGUAAUAAUGUGCUGUUAUUAAGUAAAUUUCGAUGUUCAAACCAGACUCGUUUCUUCCAUCAAGGGUUGCCUACAAGAAUUGGCGCAUCUAAGAGGAUCUUCUCCAAACUAACUAAACAAAGACCUUUAUUGAAGUCUACUAAAAAGGACUGCUUUCACCCUGUGGCCAACACUCUACCACCCAAUGUUAUCCCUAAGAAAGGGGGAGAGAUAUCCGCCUGGGCAAUCGUACAAAAGAUGAUAGGAUAUGUGUGGCCGAAGGAUAAUAUAGGAUUGCGGGUCCGGGUUGUCAUAGCGCUAGGGUUGCUAAUCGGAUCAAAGGUAAUCAAUGUUCAAGUGCCUUUCCUGUUCAAGUAUGCAGUAGACUUUCUAAAUGAUUCAAACAAUUGGUUGAAUAUAGAUAAUCCAGUUGGUACCAUAAUCACCAUGGCAACAGCAUUAAUCUUGGGAUAUGGUCUGGCGAGAACUAGUGCCUCAUUAUUUCAAGAACUCCGUAAUGCAGUAUUCGCCAAGGUUGCUCAGAGUUCAAUACGGAGGGUUGCCCGCAAUGUGUUCCUUCAUCUGCACAACCUUGACUUAUCAUUCCAUCUAUCCAGACAAACAGGGGCCCUGUCGAAGGCCAUAGACAGAGGAACAAGAGGGAUCAAUUCUGUGCUGAGUGCUUUGGUAUUUAAUGUUGUGCCAACAGUGUUUGAAGUUUCCCUAGUAACUGCUAUUCUGUAUUAUAAAUGUGGUGGACAGUUUGCUCUAGUGUCAUUAGGCUGUAUCACAUCCUAUGCUGUUUUCACAUUGGCUAUCACAUCCUGGAGGACCAAAUUCCGAGUUCAGAUGAACAAAGCAGACCAGGAUGCUGGUAAUAAAGCCAUCGACUCUCUAAUCAACUAUGAAACAGUCAAGUUUUUCAACAAUGAGGUUUACGAGGCAAACAUCUAUGACAAAUCUUUGGCAAAAUAUGAGACAGCUUCCUUGAAGACUACUACAAGUUUGGCUGCAUUGAACUGGGGACAAAAUGCCAUCUUUACUGUAGGGAUAACUACCAUGAUGAUCUUAGCUAGCCAAGGAAUUAUGGCAGGUACAAUGACUGUAGGAGAUUUAGUGAUGGUAAAUGGUCUACUCUUCCAGCUUUCUGUACCACUGAACUUCCUGGGCUCUGUGUAUAGGGACGUACGACAAUCUCUGAUUGACAUGCAGACAAUGUUCAGUCUUUUAGAGCUUGACACUGAUAUCAAGAAUAAACAAGGAGCUGUAGAUGUGACUUUAGACAAAAAUGAUGCCUCCAUCAGAUUUGAAGAUGUUCACUUUGGCUAUGAGCAAGGACGUGAUAUUCUCAAUGGUCUCACAUUUGAUGUUCCUGCAGGACAGAAGAUCGCCAUUGUAGGAGGGAGCGGCUCAGGGAAAUCAACCAUUGUGCGUUUAUUGUAUCGAUUCUUUGAUGCUAAAGAGGGGAACGUCAUCAUAAGCAACCAAAACAUUAAAAAUGUCACUGUAGAGAGUAUGAGGAGGUUUAUAGGAGUUGUGCCUCAGGAUACUGUCCUCUUUCACAACACAAUCUUCUACAAUAUUAAGUAUGGCAAUUUGGAUGCAACUGACGAGGAAGUGUAUGACGCAGCCAAGAUGGCCGACCUCCAUAAAUCAAUCAUUCGAAUGCCUCAUGGAUACCAGACACAAGUUGGAGAGAGAGGACUAAAGCUUUCAGGGGGUGAAAAACAGAGGGUGUCCAUAGCCCGUGCAAUACUAAAGGGAGCCCCCAUACUUAUUUAUGAUGAGGCCACCUCAUCUCUGGACUCAAUCACUGAAGAGAAUAUCCUAAGAGAUCUCAAGAACAUUAUGAAAAAUCAAACCAGUAUUGUAAUUGCCCAUCGUCUUUCAACAAUCGUGGAUGCUGAUGAAAUCCUCGUUCUCGAUCAUGGACGUGUUGCAGAGCGAGGUACACAUUAUGAGUUGCUAGGCAACACAGGGAGUUUAUAUCACACUUUAUGGCGAAAACAACACCAUCCCUCGUCACUGGAAGAUAAAGACAAUGCUAGUGAUGUAACUAACAAUGCAAAAGAAAUUCUAGACUCUGAUUAUAAAACAAGUGAUAGUUAUGACAGUAAAACAAAAGAUGGCGCAUCAUGACAGAAAUUUCAAAAUAGGGAUUGAUCAAUUUUAAUUGUGGAUUGCUCAUUUUGAGAUUAUCAUGAAGUGACUUUCAGAGAGAAGUUCAACUAUUUAUUGUUUAGUAAAAGAGCUUUUAGUUUUGGUGCUAAAAGAAGGUUUUGAAAACCCCAUAAUUUAUUAUUCCAUUAUAUUAUUUUACCACAUAUUUACAAACAUCUGAGGACAUUUUCAUGACAAGUGAAAUAUUUUUUCUUGUUUUGUGUAUUUAUACAUAGCAGUGCUAUCUUCAAAUUAUGUAGGAAUAACCAUAGUGGAGGUAUAAAUGCCAUAGAAUUAUUGUAGUGUCUGAAUAGCAAUAAUGGGAUCAUAAACACUCAUUGAACCGAUAUUGAUUUGAAUCACGGGCGCCCUCUUUGUUGGUUGUCCAAAGAUAAUAUAUAAUUAUUACCGUUAAAGUGUUCUUAUAUUUAUAGGUUACCAUACCAGAGGUGUUUUUAAAACUAUAUUUUACUUUUUGAACUGCUUUAUAAUUAUAAAAUAUGUAACUUCAAUAAGAAAAAUGCAAUUUUAAUUUUAAUGAGAAA